AAAAUUAACUGGAAGUGAAUUGGUUUAGAUGGGCUGUAUUUGAAGUGUGCUUUGAGACUUGUAUCCCUGGACAUAUUUAGGUGUUUCCUAGCAAAACUAAGGCAAGUAUGGUGUACAGACUAGAGCUCAGUCUAUUGUUAUCUUUAUCCCAAACAGUCCAGGUUCUUGAGUGCAGGAAUGACAAGUACAAAUGCAAAGGUUGGGGUUAUUGACUUGAAGGUGUCCUGGUUGAGGAUUGCAGUGGGUGGUUGGAAAUCGCGGUGCAGAUGUGGUUUGCCCUCCUCCCCUGGUGCAUUUGAGGGAAGGCCGGGCCGUGUCUGUCCCAGCUGUUCUCAGGGCUGCUCGGUGCUCUUUGCUGUCCCCGCAGGCAGGAGUGGCCUGGCGUGGCUGGCGUGCGGCCCCCAGCUGGAGGUGGUGAACUCGCUGAGCGGGGAGCGGCUCUCGGCCUAUCGCUUCGGCGGGGGCAGCGAGCAGCCUCCCGCCGUCCGCGUGGUGAAGGAGUUCUCCUGGCACAAGAGGACCGGGCUCCUGGUUGGCUUGGAGGAAGCAGAGGGAAGUGUUCUCUGCCUCUACGACCUUGGGAUCUCAAGAGUGGUUAAAGCAGUUGUUCUUCCUGGAAGGGUCACUGCCAUCGAGCCCAUCAGCAAUGACGGCGGGGCCAGCGUGAGCACCCGGCACCUGCACCAGAGCCUGCGAUGGCUCUUUGGAGUGGCAGCCGUGGCCACCGACAUUGGCCACGUCCUUCUGGUCGACCUUUGCUUGGAUGAUUUGUCUUGCAGUCAGAAUGAAGUGGAAGCAUCGGAUCUAGAAGUUGUCACUCGAAUUCCUGCUGAAGUUCCACAAAGAAGAGAAGCUGUGAGCAGGGAAGGGAGGCAUCUCUGUUUUCAAUUACGAAGCCCUUCAGGAACAGCAGUGUCAACCCUGUGCUACAUAAGCAGAAGUAACCAGCUCGUUGUGGGUUUUUCUGAUGGCUGCUUGUCACUGGGGAGCAUGAAAACUUUGAAGAGGGCGCACUAUACUCGGCUUGGAGGAGGAAGGAUUCCUGUCUGUGCUCUUACUUUGCAAGAGCCUGAGAGUAAUCUUCAAAGUUGUUGCUACUUAUGGGCUGUUCAGUCUACACAACAAAGUGAAGGGAGUGUUGUGAGUUUACAUCUGUUGCAGUUAGCAUUUGGUGACAGGAAACGCCUGGCAUCAGGACAAGUCACAUAUGAGGGUUUUAAAUGCUGUGUCAAACUCUUCAGUGUAGCUCUCUCUGGUGGAAUCGUUCCCUGGAGAGGGCAGACCAGCAAUACUAAAUUCCUCAGCUGUCAAACCAUAGAGAAACUUCGCAACCAUGCUGACAGAGAGGAUAACGUUAAUGAAGUAAUCUCUCCUGACACCAGUGUAUCAAUCUUCAGUUGGCAAGUGAAUACCUAUGGUCAAAAAAACCCAUCUGUUUAUUUGGGUGUGUUUGACAUCAACCGCUGGUAUCACGCUCAAAUGCCCGACUCACUGAGGCCAGAAGAAUUGCUGCAUGACUGCCCCUACUUUGCCCUGUGGUCACUGGAUCCCGUCAUAAGCAUGACUUCUCCAAACCUCAUUUUGGAUAUUCUGGUACACGAGCGCAGUCUAAGCCGGGGCGUUCCUCCUUCUUAUCCACCACCUGAACAGUUUUUUAAUCCAAGCACCUAUAAUUUUGAUGUGACCUGCUUGCUCAGCUCGGGAGUUGUCCACAUGACUUGCACCGGCUUCCAGAAGGAGACCCUGAAGUUUUUGAAGAAAUCUGGUCCUUUAAUAAGUGAAGCCAUUCAUGACAGCUACACUCGGUGUCUUGUAGCUGGCUUGCUGUCUCCAAGACUGGUUGAUGUGCAGCCCUCCAGUCUGACUCAGGAGGAGCAGCUGGAAGCAGUGCUGUCAGCUGCUGUGCAGACAGGUUCUUUAGAGCUCCUGACAGGAUGCAUCAAACACUGGACUUCUGAAGAGCAGCCAAGUUCUGCCGUAAACUUACGGUUUGUUCUGGAGUGGACGUGGAACAAAGUGAUCUGUACAAAAGAUGAACUGGACCAAAUCUGUGUUCCACUGUUUGACGGCUCCUGCAACUUCAUUGACCCGCAGACAUUACAGUCCCUUCAGCACUGCCAGCUGCUGCUGAGCAACCUCAGCACAGUCCUGAACUGUUUCCUGACAGAAGCCCGAGAGCUCACGGAGAGAGGUUUUUCAGACCUGACCAAGAAGCAGGUGGUAACCAGCCUCAUUUCUUUGUAUGCACAAGUGGUGAUCUGGUUCUGUCGAUCCAGUCUCCUCCCCGAGGGUUUAGAUGACCACAUGCAUUUGUCCAGACCUUUUUACAAUUACCCUCUGAUUCAGAGCUACUAUACGGGUCACCGACAGAAACUGGAGCGUUUAUCAAGGGGAAAAUGGGAUUCUGACUGCCUGAUGAUUGAUGGGAUGGUUUCCCAGUUGGGAGAGCAAGUGGAGAAGUUGUGGCGGAGAGAUGAAGGCGGCACUGGGAAAUACCCCCCCGUUAGUUUACAUGCACUGCUGGAUCUCUAUUUGCUAGAAAGCAUUGAAGAAAGUGACAAACAUGCAAUUACAAUUUACUUGCUGCUGGAUAUCAUGCAUUCCUUUCCAAACAAAACAGAAACUUUACUUGUUUCCUUUCUAACUACCUUUGCUAUUCCUUGGGGUCUUGUUAAGCUGAUUCGAGGAUUUUGGCUCCUAGAUCACAAUGAUUAUGAAAAUUCCCUGGCCCUGCUCUUCCAUCCAGCUACAAUCAAGACUGUGUCCUGGCAGCACGUGAGGAUAAUCGAGUCCCUCAUGUGCCAGGGAGAGCACAGGCGCGCCCUCAGGUACAUCCAGAUGAUGAAGCCGUCCAUGGCCAGCAGCAGUGAGGUGCGGCUCUUCCUCACCGUCUUCUUGUCCAACAGGUGCAUGGUGGAGGCCUGGGGUCUGUUGCAGCAACACAGCACGAAGCUCAACAUAGAAGAGCUGCUGAAGCACAUGUAUGAAAUCUGUCAGGAGAUGGGGCUCAUGGAGGAUUUGCUGAAGCUGCCCUUCACAGACACAGAAAAAGAGUGUUUGGAGAAGUUUUUACAGACCAAGUCUGGUGUUCAGAACCAUGAAUUCCUCUUAGUGCACCAUCUGCAGCGUGCCAACUACAUCCCAGCACUCCAGCUAAAUCAGUCCAUGAAGGCCAGCCUGACGAAUGAUCGUGAUCCUCGCUUGAGAGAGAGAGCAGUUGCCAGAAAUUCUCUCUUAGACCAGUAUGGCAAGAUCCUUCCCACAGUUCAGAGGAAGCUGGCAGUGGAGAGAGCCAAGCCGUACCGUCUGCCUUCGUCCGUCUUACGAGAAGUCCCAAGGCCAAAGCCAUUAUCAACAGCAACAAGGCAGGCUAAUGCAGGAAAUGUACACAUAAGUACAAGCUUCAUCACUAAAAUACUCUCUAGACUUAAAGAAGCAUGGCUAGGAAGCAAGAAAACCAGUUUCUCAGAAUUUAAUAAGUUGCUGGACUUGGUGGUUCGUCCCAUUCCCUCCCGCUCUGUGGCGCAGGAUGAGAGCCGGCAGUCCCCGGCUUCUCCUUCUUUUGUGGCACCCAGCCCCCUGAGACCGAGCACGCAUCGCUCCAGCUCCCAGAAGAAUCUGCCAAGAGCAGCAGAGUUGAGUUUACUGGAAACCCCUCUUGUGGUCAAGGUUAUUGAAGACAGUGCAGUGACAGCAUAAACUUCAGAAGCCGCACCUGAAACACCACCCUAUAGUGAACUACAUCCCUAAAGCAAUCUUCAGUACAGCUGGAAUCCUAUAAAGCAUCAAUUUGUAUGUGAUUUGC